AUGGACACCGAGCAUCGGGUCAUACUCAACGUCGGUGGUAUACGACACGAGACCUACACACAUGUGCUGAAAAAGAUUCCAGCCACGAGGCUGUCCAGGUUGACGCCGAAUCUCGCCAAUUAUGACCCGGUACUGAAUGAAUACUUUUUUGAUCGACAUCCUGGUGUGUUUUCGAUGAUACUCAAUUACUAUAGGACAGGUAAACUCCACUAUCCAACGAAUGUCUGUGGGCCAUUGUUCGAGGAAGAAUUGGAAUUCUGGGGACUAGAUGCCAACCAGGUUGAGCCGUGCUGUUGGAUGACCUACACUCAACAUAGAGAUACACAAGACACUUUAGCUGUAAUUGAAUCCUUGGAUCUAGAUGGCGAUCCUCCAACCCAGGAAGAGAUUGCGAAGAAAUUUGGUUGGGAAGAUGACUAUUAUUCUGGUACUCUAUCGAAAUGGCAACAAAUCAAGCCGAGGAUAUGGGCGCUAUUCGAUGAGCCGUGGAGUUCUCAGUAUGCUCGG